AUGUCUGACAGACGAAAAGGAGGAUCGCAGACUUUUCUCGAUCGAUUUUUAACGAAAAAGCCAAAGUCAAAUGAAACAAACAUCACUGCAUCAAAUGCACAAAAUCAAAUAGAGCAAGUGAAUGCGAGUACUGCAAGCGUUCAAAGUCAGUCUGAGCCAAAGUCAAUUGUGAAUAUUAGUAAAGAACUUCACACCGAGCCGUAUGACAUUGCAAAUUCUAUUGGCCGAAAAUUGACUGAUGAAGAAAAGUAUAAUGCGUUCAAAAACCUAUGGGUUCCAGACGCAAAAUUUAGUUUUCCUGCCAGCACAGAUACAAAUCGAAAAUUCCAAUCAAAAUGGCUUUCGGAAUUCCCUUGGCUCGCAUACUCAAAGUCUUGUGAUGGAGCAUUUUGCAAAUACUGUGCUCUUUUUUUUGUGCAAGAUGGUGUUGGCAAAGGAAGUAAUGUGGACGCAAAAUCACUUGUGAAAACCAAAUUUAAUCGUUGGAAAAAUGCAAAAAAAUCGUUCAGAAGCCACGAAAAUUUGAAAUAUCAUCAAAUCUCGUUAGUUGACGGCGAUAAUUUUAUUGGUGUUCCUGAUAAUGCGAUUGUUGACAUCAGUUUGCAACUCAAUACAUUGAAAAAAUCCCAAGUUGAAUUGAACCACAAAAUAUUGUCUUCAAUAAUUCAAACGAUCAUUUUGGUUGGAAGGCAAGAAAUCGCUUUGAGAGGUCAUCGUGAUGCCGGAGCAAUAACGACCACAACACCACUUGAAAACGAUGGAAAUUUUCGUGCUUUGCUACGAUACCGUAUUUCAUCAGGUGACGAUGUUCUAAAGGACCAUCUGGAAAAGUCUCAACGAAUGCAAUACACAAGUCCGCAAAUUCAGAAUGAAAUAAUUGAAAUCUGUGGCACAUUGAUUACAGAAAAAAUUGUAUCAAAGAUAAAUAAUGCGAAAGGUUUUACUAUUUUAGCAGAUGAAACUACAGAUGUAGCAGGAAUAGAACAGUUUAGUUUAUGUGCACG